AAAAGAAAGGUUAGCAUCUUUGUUAUUGUAAUGAAAAUAAAGUAAAACAUUGUUUUCUUCAAUGGAAAAAGUGUAAUUUGUUUUUCUACACAUAAAUUGAGAGACAUCCAGAAUCUUUUAACAAGAUGGCAAUUCCAAAACAGGUGGGAUAAUGUUUCUGGUUCAUCUUUACAGAAUGCACAUUCAUUAUUCAUUUCAAUUUUACAACUUUUAAUAUUGUUGUCGUACUCAUAACCAAAUGAAAAGCUGUGUUGUAUUUUCUCAAGCUGUCUUGCACCGGAGAGCGGACCAAUCAAAAUUGUUGGCAAUGCGCAUGCGCUGUUGUCCCUUCUCUCUCAGCGUGAGAGGUGCUACUGGAAGGGAGAGGAUAAUGUGCGUCAAAAGUCUGCCGAUGUAAAUAUCUUCUGCAUCUUUUGGUUUCUGAUUGUGAUCAACAAACCGUGUCACUGGACUCGAUCGUAUUUCUCCAAGUGGAAUAAAAUUUCAAUUCUAUCUAGAUGGAUGUCCGUAGAAAGUUUCUGGCGGCCGCAGGACGAUUGAUAAUGGACAUCGUUCAGUCUGAAUGGGAGCCGCUGUCUCACUGGGAACUUGAUCAGCGUCUGGAUCGGGCAGUAGAAGAAAUGUUAGAGGCUGACCUGCUGUCUUCUGUGUUUAUGCAAGUGUCUCAACAGGAUGAUUCAAUGCAUUUAACACAGGAUCAGAUGCAAACUGUGACCCUUCAGCUGUCAGAGCCUGUAUCUGAGCAGGAUCCCUGUGUUACUGAUGUAAUUGAAGGAAACCCCGCCGUCCAGUGUGUAACCAGUCUUCUGCAAAGCGCAGACACAAACUACAACAAGAACCGAUUGUCUGGAAGAGCUCGACUAACCUUGUCUCACACUGUCCUCCUUUCCCUCACCCUCCUGUCAAAGCGCAUCAGCUAUCGCAGUGUGUCGUCUAGUUUCCACCUGGAGAAGGGAAACAUUCAUAGAAUCUUCUUUUCUUUCUGUGAACGAGUGAACGCACUUCAGGAUAAAUUCAUCCAAUGGCCUACUGGGCAGAAGGCUCUACAACACCUGCUUCCUUUCUCCAGCUGGCUGAGUCGCAAUGAGGGCCUGGAAGAGAGAGGUCUUCCUCAAGUGUUUGGGGUGUUGGGUGACACGUGCAUCCCCAUCCGCCUACCCACUGGCAAACAGGAUUGUGAAUGUGAUGCUCCUGAAGCAAAGAGAAUUAAGGACGAGCCAUAUCCAGAUUCAUGGCUGAACUUGGAACUGGUUUGUAAUGCUGAGGGCCGGUUCAUUUAUUGCCAUAUCAGCAGAGGCUCAGAAAGAACCAGAGGAAGUGCAUUAGUUGAAAGACUCCAGCAACACCCUGAGAUGCUGCCUCCAGGGACCUGCCUGAUAGCCAGAGUUGGAUACCCACUCACAGGGCAAAUGCUCACUCCAUUUUCUCCGGGUAGAAGCCCUCAGGAAAACCUCUACAACAGAUCAGUGGCGACUCAUUUAGGCCGAUUUGACCAGGCCGUAGCAGACCUAAAAGAGCGAUUUCAGAAAUUGAGAUAUUUGGAUAUAGGGAACUACGAUAGGGCGAGAGCUGUGGUUCUGACUGCUUGUAUAUUAAACAAUGUCUUUCUGGACAUGGGGGAUAUCACAAAGGGACUGGUAGAAAGAAACACAUUAGAAAAUGAGGAGGAGGUAAAAGAUAAUGCAGCUGGUGUGACAAUGAGGGACACUGUAGUGAAGCUGCUUUACAGUGCAUUGGAAGCAGAAACACAUUAAGCAUUUGACACAGAUUAUAAAACUCUUGAUGUAGGUUUCACUCUCGAUUUCAAACUCUAAUGUAACAAAAGCAUUGUAUGGCUAAAUUUAAAGGGAUAGUUCACACAAAAAUGAAAAUUCUCUCAUCAUUUACUCACCCUCAUGCCAUCCCAGAUGUGUAUGACUUUCUUUUGCUGAACACAAACAAAGAUAUAUCUUAGCUCAAUGCAAGUGAAUGGUGGCCAGAACUCUGAAGGUCCAAAAAGCAUAAAAGUAAUCAAAAGAUUCCAGUGGUUUAAUCCAUGUCAUCUGAAGCAAUAUGAUAAGUGUGGGUGAGACACAGAUCAAUAUCUAAGUCCUUUUUUACUAUAAAUCUCCUCUUUCACAUUCUUUUGUUUUUGGUGAUUUGCAUUUGAAGAAUGCAAAUAGCCACCUACUGGCAGGAAAGAGAGCUUAUAGUAAAAAAAGGACUUAAAUAUUUAUGUUUCUCACCCACACUGAUCAUAUCGCUUCUAAAGACAUAGAUUAAACCAAUGGAGUCGUAUGGAUUACUUUUUAUGCUUCCAUUUAUGUGCUUUUUGGACCUUAACAUAUCUGGUCACCCUUCACUUGCAUUGUGUGGACCUACAGAGUUGAGAAAUUCUUCUAAAAAUCUUAGUUUGUGUUCAGCUGAAAAAAG